CCGUGCAGUAGUGGGCAGCCCACUCACCACUGGCACCAGAUCCGCUGUCCCUCCGCUGCCGCAGUGCAGGUGGGUUUCUCGAAGAAUAGUAACUUUUUAUUUUUUGGUUUUGCCAAAAUCUCAGGCCUUGACCUUUGCUACUCACGCGACCGGUAGCUUGCUAGAUACUAGUACGAGACCACGUCCCUUGUUUCUGGUGUUACCUUUUCCACAUAUACAUUUUUUCCCUUCUUCUUUCUAGCAGAACCACGAUCCCCGGAUUCAAAAUGGUCGAAAAGGUCUACGUCACAUAUAACCAGAUCCACAAACUCUGCCAGAAUGCGGCGCCCCGGAUCCUCAGCGACUUCAAGCCGAACUUGAUGAUUGCGAUCGGAGGAGGCGGUUAUGUCCCUGCUAGAAUCUUGAGAUCCUUCCUGAAAAAGCCCGGCGCGCCCAACAUUCCCAUCCAAGCCAUCGGGCUCUCGCUGUACGAACAACUCUCGGACUCGGACGUGGUGGAAGAACCAGGCACGAAAGUGACGCGGACGCAAUGGCUGGACCUGUCGUCGUUGGAGAUGAACAAUCUGAUCGGCAAGAACGUGUUGAUUGUGGACGAGGUGGACGACACACGCACCACGCUCGAAUAUGCCGUCAAGGAACUCGAAAAGGACGUUGAAACCGCUCGUAAGCAACAGGGUCGGACCGAACAGACCAAAUUCUCCAUCUUUGUCUUGCACAACAAGGACAAGCCGAAGAAGGGUCGUCUGCCCGACGACAUGAUCAAUGACAACCGAUACCUCGCCGCCGUCACCGUGCCCGACUGCUGGAUCUGCUAUCCUUGGGAAGCUACGGAUAUCGACGAGCAUGAUCGUCUGGCGGCCGAACAUUCUGUGCAAUGAGCGAAGUCUAAUUUACACAAAUGAAAAAAAAAAAAAAAAAAAAAAAA